CCAGUUGUAUAGGCAGCAAGAACGUACUCUCUCACCUAAUCAAAGGGAUACUUGUGCUGUAAGCGAUGGACAGCACGCUGAAACACUGCACUGACCACUGAGCUGAACCUACUCCCCACUCUCCCAUGCAUGCAGCUGCACGCGAGCUAUUUGUAUUUGAUCGCGAUCUCGCGUGCCAGUGAGCAAACAAACCGUUCGCGCGCGCCACCGAUCGAAUUCACGACUGAAUUAGUUUCUUCUUCGUCGUCGUCGUCGUCGAUGACGACGACCGGGAGCACUCCGCCGCGGAAGAACCGGAGCAAUGUCACCGGCGGCGAGGGGGGGAGCCUCGAGGAGUACGCGUGGCGGGCGGCGGGCGAGGCUGCAGCUGCGAAGAAGGCGACGAGGGCGUGGGGCGUCAGCGUCAGCCUCCGGAGCCACUUCAGCUCGCUCGUGCUGCUCCUGCUGCUCCUCCUCGUCGCCCUCGCCGUCUCCGCCACCACCAAGAACGGCGACCCCGCCGAGACGCCUCACGCGCCGCCGCUUCCACCGCCGGCGUCAAUAAAGCUCCCGUCGUCGUCGUCGUCCGGCGGCGGCGAGUGCGACCUCUUCUCCGGGAGGUGGGUGUACGACGAGGCGGCGUACCCGCUGUACAGGGAGAGCGCGUGCAGGGUGAUGUCGGAGCAGUCGGCGUGCGAGAAGUACGGGAGGACGGACCUCCGGUACCAGCAUUGGAGGUGGCAACCCCAUGGCUGCGACCUUCCUAGGUUUGACGCGGAGAAGUUUCUGGGGAAGCUAAGGAACAAGCGGCUGGUGUUCGUGGGCGACUCGCUGAACCGCAACCAGUGGGCUUCCAUGCUCUGCCUCAUCGACACCGGCGCCCCUGAACUCCACACCUCAAUCAACUCCUCCCGAUCUCUCACCACCUUCAAAAUUCACGAGUACAACGCGUCGGUGGAUUUCUACUGGUCGCCGUUGCUGGUGGAGUCCAACUCCGACCACCCGCUGCGCCACCGCGUCGCCGACCGGACCGUCCGCGCCGCCUCCAUCAACAAGCACGCCGCCCACUGGACCAACGCCGACGUCCUCGUCUUCAACUCCUACCUCUGGUGGCAGCGUCCCGCCAUGAAAGUCCUGUGGGGGUCGUUUGACAAUCCGGCGGCGGUGGUGGCGGCGGCGGCGGAGGAAGGGGACGAGUACGCGGUGUCCAAGGUGAUUGACAGCCUGCGCGCGUACGAGCUGGCGGUGAGGACGUGGGCCGACUGGAUGGAGUUCCACGUCGACCGCGCCCGCACCCAGCUCUUCUUCAUGACCAUGUCGCCGACGCACCUCCGCUCCGACGAGUGGGAGGACGCCGCCGCCGCCGCCGCCGGCGGAAACCACGGGUGCUACGGCGAGACGGAGCCGAUCGCGGCGGAGGAGUACAGGGGGACAAGCGGGACGGACAUGGCGUUCGCGAGGGCGGUGGAGGCGGAGGCGCGGCGGCUCGGGGAGCGCAGCGUGGCGGUGCGGCUGAUCAACGUGACGCGGCUGUCGGAGCGGCGCAAGGACGCGCACCCGUCGGUGCACCGCCGGUACUGGGACCCCGUCACCGACGAGCAGCGGCGCAACCCCAGCAGCUACGCCGACUGCAUCCACUGGUGCCUCCCCGGCGUCCCCGACGUCUGGAACCAGCUCCUCUACGCACACAUCGUCUCAUGAGCCAUGAGACCUCAUAUCGCAUCUCCUUUUUGAUAUAUUUUUUUCUCUUCUUGUAUGCUUUCAAAAAAACAAAUGUAAAUCCUCCAACAAUUGAUAAGUAUUCCGUCACUUUCAAAACACAAACAUUUCUAGAUUGUUUAGUAUAGUACUACUAAGGUUAAGAAAAAAUAAUUAAUAGUAAUCUCUUUGCCCUGAAAAAAAAACAACUUUUAGUCACGAAAUCUGGAAAUAGAUAUAUCUAGACGAAGGUGGAUUCUAAACACUCAAGUGGAUGUCCACUCAUUAAGUGCAUGUCAACUAAAUGAUCAUGAAAAAAAUUCAAAAAAAUUUACAAGAUAAAUUGAUAUAUAAUAUAUCACUACACAAACAUGCAACUUAAAAUUCAACUUUUAUAAGUUGUAACGAAAAUAACAAAAUUAAUUGCGAAUAUACGUAUGCUAAUCAGAGUUUGAUUUUUUAUUUUUGUUACAACUUGUAGAAGUCAAAUUUGAACUUGCAUGUUUGUGGGGGUGAUAUAUUACAUAUGAUUCUAUCUUGUCAAAUUUUUUGAAUUUUUUUCAUACACAUUUAGUUGACAUGCAACAAAUGGGUGGAUGUCCACCUAGGCGAUUAGAAGUGUUUCCCAUAUCUAGAUUUAUAAUCAGAAGUUAUUUUUUUUCUAGCGCGGAGAGCCUUAGGCUUGACUUGAAAAUUCACCAACAUUCGCAUUUCUUUCCUUUGUGCAAAAUGUAGUUUGUAUAAAAGGGUUAACCUUUUUGCAAAGUGGUCAAACAUUAUUUGAAUUCUGAAUUGCUUACAUUUUCCUCCCAAGCAUCCGGUUGGUUGGAAAAUGUAUAGAUUUAUGUGUAUUGAAAUCAAUGUCCUACAAAUGCUUAUAUUCUGAUACAAUUUUGAAUUCUA